AUGUCUUUAAUAAAUGUCCAUCCUCCUAAAACGUAUUUCGGUGCGGGAGACAUUCAAAAGUCAUUGGGUUCUCUUCCUGGAUUCCCAUGGGCAAAAUAUCCCGGAGAAAAACAUCUCCCAGGUCACAAUUAUACAGGUCCAGGCACUAGGUUAGAUCUGCGUUUAGACGAAAAUGAUAUUCCCAAACCAGGGGAAGAACCCGUUAAUAGAGUUGACGCAGCAGCACUCAAACACGACAUACUGUACAGAAAUAAAGACGUAACAUUCAGACACCAAGCAGACAAACAAAUGAUAGACGAACUCGAAAAUAUUCCCAAUCCCACUUUCAAAGAGAAAUUACAGAGGGCUCUUAUCAUAAAACUCUUGAAGGCAAAAUUGAAAUUGGCACCAAAAGUCAAAUACAACAUCGUUUUGACUUCUGAUGGUGUUUUAAAAGAAAAGAAAACGUUUAAAGGUUAUUCUAAUGAUAAGAUAAGUGUAGAAGAUUACGUUCAGUUAGCAAGCGGACAUGAUGUGUCGAACGAAUUUAAUAAACCAUGGGAAAAAAGUUUCACCAAUGGAGUAGUUAUUCCAAAUGAUAAACAAACUAAAGUUUUUAGAAGUUAUUUGAAUAAUGUUAAAAGAAAACCACCAAACAGUGAAGGAAUUAUGUAUCCUUACAACGACAAAGAUGAGUAUAGUUUUGACGAAAACUAUGAAUUUGAUGAUUUCGAUUAUCUUACUAUUCAAGAAGAGAAUGGAGAUUGUUUUAAAUGA